UUUAAUCGAUACCACGCCACUUGACUUAAUAACAGACAUUGUGAUUUCAAGCGCAUACCUUAAAACACCUAGCAAAAUACGACAUUUGAAAUCGAAACUACCUGUCACCACAAGUAGGUUUUUCUCGGAAAACCUUUGUGUUGCACGCCAUACAGUAUUACCUCCCAUUGCCUGGAUUAUUGAUAUUUUCACUUUAGUAAAGUAAGAGUUAUAUGGUAGAUAUGGCGAAUUCUAACAAAGGCACCGGUGGCUCAUCAGCAUCUCAAAGAGUAAACGAACAGCUGCAUCUUUUAGAGAGCUCGCGUCGAUUAACAGCGGAGGAAGUUCAAGAGCUACAACAACAAGAAAUGGUCAUCAGACAAGAGAACCUAACUGUUUCAACUGCAAGAAAAAUAUACAACCAAGUGAACAUCUUCGGCGAAAGUAUGGAGGAUAAAAUUAAGAGAUCAAGACGAGAGCUGAAAGAGAGACGAGCCCAAGAAAAAAGAACAAAAAAAUUAGAAAAAAUUGGUAAAAAUAUGCUGGGUCUUAAUGGUGAUGUACGAGUAGUUUUGGUUGGAAAAACAGGAAUAGGAAAAAGCCACCUUGGUAGUAAUCUUUUAAAGACAAAUGUGUUCAAGUAUCUUAUGAGCUUAAUGUCAGUUACUAAACAAUGCAAGUUUGGAGAUAGGUGCUUAGAUGAUGCAACUACCUUAUUAGUCGUGGACACGCCGGGACUGUUCGACACGAGAGAACCUAACGAACAAACCAGUAAGGAAAUUGUAAGAAGCAUUGCCCUUACAGCCCCUGGUCCCCAUAUUUAUAUCUUUGUCAUCUCCGUGGGGAGAUUUACACCAGAGGAAGCCGAUACUGUGAAUAUCUUACAAGAGAUGUUUGGCGAACAGGUUAUAAAACACGUCAUCAUCGUUUUUACCCGCAAAGAUGAUUUGGAUGGUUAUGAUUCACCCAAAGAUUUCAUUUUAAAUUCACCACCCGUCUUGCAGAAUCUUCUCGAACGGUGCGGUUACAGGUUCGCAUUCAUCAAUAACAAGGCACAUAAAGAUGAAAUACAAGAAGAUGUGGAUUUUAUUUUGGAUUUAAUCUAUAAAACUAUUGGUGAAAACAACGGAGCUUACUAUACGAACGACUCGUAUGAAAAAGCUGAUGAAGUCCUAGAGGUAAGACGAAAAGAAAUUCGAAGUGAAAAGGAACGAAGGCAAAACGAACUCAAAGAAGAAAGAGACCAAAUUUUCAAUCAAGCAACGAAUGAGAACUUUGGAGGAACGGACGGAAAUAAACUUUUGAAGGACACCCAAGAAGCUGAAAACAUGCUUGAAGAGAAACGCCGACGGAUACAGGAAAUUGAAGAACAGAACAGAUUGCUAACUCAAAAGAUGGAAGAAGAGGCAGAGCGUCUUUCGGCUCUGCAAGAACAAAAGAAAAAGAUUCGAGAACAUAAGGAACUGCAGCAAAAGGAGAUCGAAAAGGAAGAGAACAAACUUCGGGAACUGGACCAAGAACAGAAACGAUUACGGGAAGAGGACAAAUUAAGGCGACAGGAGAUACAAAAAGCCGAAGAGGAAAAAUUAAAACAACUCGAGGAAGACAGAAAAAGACGUGAUGAUAUUAGAAAAGCCGAACAACAGAAGGAAGAGGAUAGGUUAAAAUCGCUGGAAGAAGAAAGAAUAAAAUUUUACGAGGAAGAGGCAGCCAAGAAACGGUCAUCACAAAUAGAGGAAGAACGACUUAGGGACCUGGAAGAAAAGCAGAAACGGCUGCGAGAAGAGGAUGCGAUAAGACGAAAAGAAAUGGAAGCUGAAGCCGAACGACUGAAGAAACUUGAAGAAAUGAAACGGCAGAUCGUCCAUGAAGACCGGGAUUCCUCACUCUCUAAAACGCUACUAAAGUUAACUGAAAUUAAUGAGAAAUUGGUGGACAAUGCCAAAAUAAAUCCAAACAGAGAAGUCAUAAAAGAAGUUGAGAAUAAUGACUCGCUAGUAACGGCUAUAGGUUCUGCUGUGUAUGAUUAUGGGUCAUCAGCUGUGGCAGCUACUGUGGGGUGGCUAAAGAGCUGGUGGUAAAACCCAAAAGAAAUUGACCGUUUUCUGAAAUAUCUCUUGAUACAUAUUAUAUAGUUACACUUUAAUUUACGUAAUUGGUAUUAUUAGAUAUAACUUUAGGUCAUAUAGCGUUAUUCUAUAAAACCUUAAGUCAACUGGUUUUAUUAGUUAUAGCUUUGAUCAAAGCCAAGUUGAAGGUCGUCUGAAAAAACAAUGAUGACAAUAACAUUCUUACAGAACAUACUGAUGAUGGCGAACUUUCUGAAUCUUUCUCAAUACAUUUCUCUGAUACAAUUUGUAAAAUUAAAAGAAAUUAUGUCUAAUAUAACAAUCCACCAUCUAA